AUGGGCUCACUUCCCGAAUCCCACGCCAUUCGCGUCUUUGUCGCCGGCGGCAGCUAUGCCGGCGUGGCCUCCGCAGUCAACCUGCUUGAUCUCAGCCAAGGACUCACCCCCCGCCAGAAUGAAGAGACUUACGAGUUUCACUCCGAUUUGAAGACGUUUGACAUUGAGGUCACCAUGGUCGAUGAGCGAGAUGGGUACUACCACUUGAUCGGCACUCCGUUGGCACUGGCUGACUCCGAGUAUGCCAAGAAGAAUUGGGUUAAAUACUCGGACUGCGCGGGCCUCCAGGUCCCGAACCUCAAGAUCCUCCAAGGCUCCGUCACAAGCGUUGACCCUGAAGCCAAGACAGCGGUUGUCACGGACGCCCUGACCAAGGAAACCUCCACUCACAAGUACGACUACUUUGUUGCCGCAUCUGGCCUCCGACGUGUCUGGCCCGUAGUGCCCCAGUCUACGACUCGCAAGCAGUAUCUCCUCGAGGCCGAGAAACAGAUCCAAAACCUCAACAACGCCAAGCACGGCGUUGUCAUUGUUGGCGGCGGUGCUGUCGGCAUCGAGAUGGCCGCCGAGCUCAAGAUGGUCAAACCUCACCUCCAGGUAACCCUGGUUCACUCCCGAGACAAGCUGCUCUCCAACGAGAACCUUCCCGAUGAGACUCGGGAUGUCGCUCUGAAGGUGCUCAAGGAGGGCGGCGUCGAGGCUCUGAUGAGCCACCGCCUGGCAUCUACCAAGCAGGUAGAGACUACCGACGGGAGCGUCAAGCAUGAGGUUGAGUUCACCAACGGCCACAAGAUCUUCGCUAGCGAGGUCGUCAUGGCUGUCUCCAAGAGCACCCGUACCACCAACUACCUGCCCGAGUCCUCUGUUGACGAGGAGGGUUACGUCAAGAUCAAGACCAACCUAAACUUCGAGGAAAUCCCCAACUCCGAUUACCACUUCGCUGUCGGUGACCUGAUCAAGUGGGCUGGUAUCAAGCGAUGCGGUGCCGCCAUGCACCAGGGCCACCUCGCGGCGGAGAACAUCCACCAACACAUUACCCAACAGCGCACCAGCAAGGCUCCUGAGUUCAGGACUAUCAACCCCAUCCCUCCCAUGAUUGGCUUGGCCGUGGGCAAGCAGGCCGUUGCGCACAACCCUGGCUCUGGCACCACGUACGGCGAGGACGUCGCCGAGGCCUACUUCCGAGGUGAUCUUGGCUGGACCAUUUGCUGGAACUGGCUGGGACUCGCUGGACGAUUCGUCAAGGCCGAGUACCCUAAGAAGGCUGAGGCGCCCAAGUCUGAGUUGUGA